CACAGCUUACAGCACACAUUACAGACUCUGAAGAUGUCUCGUCACGUGCAUACCGGAGACGAGGAAGCGCGUGAGCCGCUUCUCACCGGUAACGAUCACCUGGAGCCACACGAGCUGGACUCAGAUGAAGGUGAAAUCAUUUUUGACAAGGCCACAACAAACAUCAGACACAAUAGUGAUGGGAAUGCACAGAGAAGAUUAACGUACGAGGAAGCAGUAGAGGAAGCAGGUUUUGGUUUGUUCCACUGGCUGCUGUUGGUGGUGUGUGGUUGGGCCAAUGCCAGUGAUGCCGUGGAGAUUCUCUGUGUGUCUUUUCUUCUGCCAACCGCGCGCUGCGAUCUGCUGCUGAGCUCUUCGGACAUGGGCCUGCUGACUGCCAGCAUUUUCCUUGGAAUGAUGGUGGGUGGCUACAUGUGGGGAUACUUGGCUGACCGGAGGGGGCGCCGCAGGGUCUUGGUGGUGUCCCUGACAGUCAACGGGCUGUUUGGAGGUCUAGCCAGCGUGGCUCCGUGGUUCUGGCUCUUCCUGCUGCUGCGGUUCAUCAGCGGCAUCGGGGUCGGCGGGUCUAUUCCUGUUAUCUUCUCCUACUUCUCAGAGUUUAUGCCCCGUCUCAGGAGAGGUGCAAUGAUCAGCGCUCUGGCAACCUUCUGGAUGGCAGGAAACAUCGUGGCUGCAGGUCUGGCCUGGUUGGUGAUUCCAAGAACCUGGGCACGCUUUUCUCUGGGAUCACUAGACUUCCAGAGCUGGAGACUGUUUGUGGUCCUGUGCUCUGUUCCCAGCCUCACCUCAGCCCUCCUCUUUAGGCUGCUCAUGCCCGAAAGCCCCAAGUUCCUCAUGGAGGCUGCCCGGGAGAAGGAGGCGAUUCAUGUCUUCAAAGCGAUGUUUGAGCUGAACAUGUGGGGAAAAGGAAAGGAUUUCCCGGAAUUUGGUUUACGCACUAGCUCCAAGCAAAGAGGGGAAUCAGAGGAGACCAGAACUCAGGGUUCACGUGGAGAGACACUUGGCUGUAUUUUGAAAAAGGCCUUGGUGCCCAUUAAACAAAUGUUUAACGGUCAGCUCAAAUCCAGGAGCAUCGUGCUGCUCAUUGUCUUCUACUGCAUUUCAUUUGGUUAUUAUGGGCUGUGGAUGUGGUUCCCGGAGCUGUUUGAGAGAAUUGAGGACGGUGGCUCGCCAUGUGCCAACGUGUCCCUCCUGUCUCCACUCCCCAACCAAAGCUGCUACCCAGUCAAAACAGCAGUGUAUAUGGAGGGCUUCGUCAUUGCUGCCUCCAACUUACCUGGAAACAUCUUCACCAUUCUUAUGAUGGACAGCACGGGAGGAAAGGCACUUCUGUCUUGCAGCCUGCUGGUGUCCAGUCUGAGCGUCAUGCUCAUCUAUUUGGUCAAGACCAAAGCCCAAAGCCUGGCCCUCUCCUGUGUCUUCAGCGGCGUGUCAGUGAUCUCCUGGAACGCCUUGGAUGUGGUGGGGACAGAGCUCUACCCGACCCAUAUACGGUCCUCUGCUCUAGGUUUCUUCACAGGAGUGGCCCGAGUGGCAGCGAUCACGGGUAACGUGGUCUUUGGAAACUUGGUGGACACAAACUGUGCCGUACCAAUCCUGCUGGUGUCAGCUCUGCUGCUGACUGGAGGACUGGUGUCUCUCCUGCUUCCGCAAACCAGGCAGACUGAGCUCACCUGAUGGCUCAGACUCUAAAUAACAUUCAUUUAAAUUAAUACAUGAUUAGCAGUCAUCCUUAUGAAAGGAGACUGGAGGCUGCUUUUAUAUCCCCUUUCUGCUCCUAGGGGAUUUUGGAAUCCUGUGCCUUGUCAUCUCUCUGUGCCUUUUAUGGUGCCUCAUUUAAAAUACCAACAAGAGAAAUUGUGAAAAGACAGUGGGCUCUCACCACUUUCCAGGAAUUAUUAUUCAGGAAAGUGAGUAAGACGAAAGAGAAAUGUGUACAUAUAUACUACAGUGUAUAUAUUGUGAGCUUGUGAGGAUUAAAAUCCUUACCAGAAGUGAAUCAAACUACAAACUGAGGACACCUUUAAAAAGUUUGCCAGUCUCCAAACUCUACAAAAAUCUUAUCUUAUAAUUAAAAAAAAAAGUAGUAAUGAACACGAUGUUGAGUUUCUGGAGUAUAAUUAGUGAUUGGAUUAGGGGCUGACUCAUUUUUAAAAAUGUUCUUGUUUAUGUCACCUUUAACUGAAAAAGAUCUCGAAGGAUGUUUCAGGCUUUUACGUGGCGUGUCUGAUUAUCUCGUUGCUCAAGAGUUUUGUGUGUGCCAUUAGUUAAAGAUAGGGCAAAAGUCAGUUUUAGUUUGUAAUUUACACAACCCUUACAGUUGUGAUUGUUUUUCAGGCCCACAGAUCUGCACAGCCAUUGCAAUAUAUUAGCAAAUGUCUGUUCUCAAAAUAAAAUAAAAAUCACAAGUGUACUUUAAACGCCAAACCAUGUGUACAUCUAUGCAACUGAAAAUUAUUUUCACUGCAAAAGUGAGUCAUUGUGUACCAAAUCUGUAAUUUUCUUGCUCAAACCGGACAACACCACUUUAGCGCUCCUGUGGGAGACAAGAGAUUGCUGGUCACACCUUUACAUCAGCCUGAGUGACCACAUUGCUGAUGGGCUCAUAUUCCCAUCAGUGAUUCUGUUUUCAAGUUUCAAAAUACUUUGUGAAGCAAUUUAUUUAAAAUAAACUACUUGUGUUCAUCUCA